UUUAAGCAGCUCGGGGUUGGGGGGGGGUCACCCCCUCCUCCCCCCGCGGUACGCACUUCCACCCCCCCCUUCAUGUACAGAUAAAUUAUAUAAACGCGCUUUGAUACGAGAGGUGCUGUGGCCUUGGGGUCAGAGGUCGGGGGUCAGAGGUCGGAGGGGGGUCAGAGGUCGGAGGGGGGGUCAGAGGUCGGAGGGGGGGUCACCGGGCGCGGGGCGGGCCGGGUGUGGGGCGCACCGCCCAUCCCAGCAGCGCUAACACUCACUUCCGGUGAGGCUUUAAUUUCCCCCUCACUUCCGCUUUCGCGCUGCUCGCACUUCCGCUUUUCGCCCCACCCACUUCCGCUUCCGGCGGCCCGCACUUCCGCUGCCUCGCCCCUCCAAACCGCGUCACAAUUCUCCCGCCCCGCCCCUCGCGCAUGCGCGCUGGGCCCUCCCCUCCCCAUUCUCGCCUCGUUGCCGCCCGCCGUGCGCGCGCACCCCGCCCUGCGUCGUGACGUCAGCGCGUACGUUACGCUCGUGCGUGCGUGCGCGCGCGGGCGCGGAUCGCCAUGGAGGCCUCGGCGGGCGGCGGGGCGGCGCGGCGCUGGUAUUUCAGCCGCGAGCAGUUGGACCGCAGCCCCUCGAGGCGAGCCGGCCUGGAUCCCGACAAGGAGCUCUCGUACCGCCAGCAGGCCGCCAACCUGCUGCAGGACAUGGGGCAGCGCCUCAACGUCUCCCAGCUCACCAUCAACACCGCCAUCGUGUACAUGCACCGCUUCUACAUGGUGCAGUCCUUCACCCAGUUCCACCGCAAUUCGGUGGCUCCCGCAGCGUUGUUCCUGGCAGCCAAAGUGGAGGAGCAGCCCAGGAAGCUGGAUUAUGUGAUCAAGGUGGCACACGCCUGCCUGCACCCCCAGGAGCCGCCCCCCGACACCAGGAGCGAGGCUUACCUGCAGCAAGCCCAGGACCUGGUCAUUCUAGAGAGCAUAAUACUGCAGACCCUGGGCUUUGAGAUCACCAUCGACCACCCCCACACCCACGUGGUGAAGUGCACUCAGCUCGUGAGAGCCAGCAAGGACUUGGCGCAGACGUCCUACUUCAUGGCUACCAACAGCCUGCACCUGACCACCUUCAGCCUGCAGUACACCCCUCCCGUUGUGGCCUGCGUCUGUAUCCACCUGGCUUGUAAAUGGUCCAACUGGGAGAUCCCAGUCUCCACGGACGGGAAGCACUGGUGGGAAUACGUUGAUGGCACUGUAACUCUGGAGCUCUUAGAUGAACUGACCCAUGAAUUCCUGCAGAUCCUGGAGAAAACCCCCAACAGGCUGAAGCGCAUCCGGAACUGGAGGGCCUCGCAGGCAGCCAGGAAAUCCAAAGCCGACGAGCACGGCGAAGACGAGGGCCUUUCAGAGCAGACCAUCCUCAACAUGAUUUCCAGGAACAACAGCUCGGAUAUGAACAUUGCAGGGCUGAUGAGCAUGUCCACGUCCUCCACGGCCGCCGCGGGGCCUUCCAUGCCAGCAGCUGCCGAUUCUCCCGGUGCUCAGAGCGCAGCGGACGCAGCCCCGGCAGAGCGCUGGCUGUCCCAGCACCCUCCAUCCAAGCUGGACGCCACGCAGAGCCACAGGACUAACGAGAGCACGGCGGGGGCCGAGCACCCCUCUCAGCAGCAGCAGGACGGCGCGGGCUACGCGAAGCAGGGCGCUAAGAACGCGCCGUCGGCCAAAGUGUCGCUGAAGGAAUACCGUGCGAAGCACGCCGAGGAGCUGGCGGCACAGAAGAGGCAGCUGGAGAACAUGGAGGCCAACGUCCGUUCCCAGUACGCCUACGCAGCCAAGAACCUCCUGGUGCAGCAGCAGAGGGAGAGGGAGGUCCAGCAGGACGGCAACCCGUCGCCCAUCAUCCUGAAAAUCCCCAUUGCGGAGAACGCCGAGCGCCCGCCGGGCCCUGAGAAAGGUGACAAAACCUCAGCGCUGAAGCUGAGGAUCCCGAUGGGGGGCGGAGGAGGGGAGAGGCCGCUGCCCUCCAAGCAGGAGGAGAUCAAAAUGCGCAUCAAGGUGCCCAGCGAACGGCCAGGCGCCUCGGAUGACGGCGGCACCAAGAGCCGGGGGGAGCACAAAGAGAAGCACAAAGGCCACUCCUCCAACCACCACCACCACAACCACCACUCUCACAAACAUUUACACCCUCAGCUCGGCGCCGGGCCCAGCGCUGCGCUCAGCAAACGCCCGGGAGACUCAAAGCACGCGGGGCCGCCUGCUGGUGCUGCACCCCAUAAGAGCUACGGCCUCUUUGGCUCAUCCCGGAAGCGGCCGCCGCCGCCGGAGGAAGGCGCAGCUCACGAGCAUCAACCCAAAGUCAGCAAAGGUCCCAAAGGCCCCGCGGCGCCCUUCCCAUACCAGCACCUCCCGGGGGGGCACAGCUCGGAUGCCAUUCCCGCCCUCCCCACGUUGCCCUCUGCUCCUAACAAAGCUCGGGGGGGCACCCACGGAAAAUCGGACAAAGGACCCGCGGGGGCCAACGGCCACAACGCCUCCCAGCCCAGUGACUACCAGGAUACGGUCAAUAUGCUGCACUCUCUGCUGAGUGCGCAGGGCAUGCAGCCCAGCCAGGCCCCCCCCUUUGAGUUCCAUGCGUACGGGGAGCUUUUGAACCCCAGGCAAAGCGGCCGACCUGCCAACACGGACAGACCCCGACCCCCCCCUCUGCCCUCAGAACCUCCCCCUCCUCUGCCCCCCCUUCCCAAAUAGGGCCCUUUUUACUACUGAAUUCCCACAGCCCCGACCCUGCGCUGACUGGGGAGUGGGGAGGGGGUGAAGGGGGGGUGGGAGGAAGGGCUGUUCUGUUCUCCACUGCCUCACGAAGAACUUAUUUUAUUAUUAUAACUUUUAUUAUAUCGGUAUUCAGAGCGCGGAGAUGGCGAAGCUGUGAAGGGGUGAAUCCUUCCCUCCUCCUCGCUCCCUCCCUCGCCGCCUCCCCGUUGGCAGUGGGCUCCGUCCCCGCUGCAGCUGAAGCCCCCAAAUGGGGGGGACCACGUACUUGUGGGGGAAGGGGGGGAGGUGGGGGUCUGGGGGGGGGGGUAUUUAAGACAUGUAACAGAAAAAUCUACGACGUUUUACAAAUAAUUUAAGCAGUAACUUAUAUGGUAGCGUUUGGUUCCUUUGUGGGGGCGUGAUGCUGGAAGGCGACGUGGGGGGCAGAGGGGGGGACAGAGGAUGUGUGGGGUGGAUGGGGUGUGUGGUGGAGGCUCCGGCUGUCGGGCAGCGGAUGGAGGAGGGUUGUGCAGCGAUGUAACGGCUCGGUGUGAACCAGGGGGGCUUUGUGCCCCCAUCACAGCCCUCGUGUCCAGCCCUGGUGUGUGCGGGGCGCUGUGGGAUUGGGGUCGGAGGAGCCCGCAGUGGGGCUGGGGGGCAGUUUGGGGCCCCACUCUGUGCUCAGCCCGUGGCUCCCU